GUGUAUGGAGAGGUUGUACUGAACCCCACUCCUACUCCAUUGUUCCUUCCUCUUCACGAGACCGUGGUGUGUGUGUCUCUCUCUCUUUCCAUAUCUAAAAAAGAGGCAAAAUCAGAAUUGAAGUACCUUCUCUUUCUGUACCAAUAAAAGCCUUCGAUCUUAGUGUGUCCGAACCAUUUAUCAGUCAGUUUGGCUACCAGAUCCCAAACUCUCCCUAUCUUUAUCUUGAUCUCAAAGUCCAUUUUGAUUUUUGAAAAUCUGUUAGGGAUUGGAUUUAUCAUCGGAUGGUUAUCGCUGUGUCUAUAAUUGGGUUUCAAAUUGUUCAAUGGCUUUAGCCAAUUGAGUGCACAUUUAUUAACCCACCAACCACAACUAGAUUUCACGCCUCGGAUUACUCUCAAUAUGAAGGUAUUGAUCUGAAGAAAAUUGAGACCCAUUUUAGAAGCUGGGAUUUCAGGUUUCCUUAUCUGUAGUUUACAUCAAGAUAUAGAAAAUUCAUACAGUGAAAUAUAUAUUGGAUGGUAGAUUCAAUAGGAGUGAAGUCUGGUCUGAGAAAAAUUGAGAGGAAUGUCAAUCAAAUCAUGAGCUUAAUGCCGCAUGAAUUGCAGCUACUUUAUCAGAAUUUGGUAUUUCGGAACAGGGGAGUGUGAAGUUGAAUUACAAUGGGUUGCAUUAACUCGAAAGGAGCUUCUGGAAACGAGUAUGCAGAGAAAAAUGCUAGAAAGAAUGAACCGAAAAGAUGUUCAAAACGUUUUGUUGCUUCCUCUAGAAGAGAGGAUGUUGUAGUGGAGGUUGAUAAUUGUGGCAAUGAUGUGACUGCGCGGCUUAUAUCAUUGGAGGAGCCCAGAGAAGAGAAUGUGGCCUCCACCCGGGCUGUGUGGGAUGAGGGGGAGAAGAAGGUCACGAUUGUUGACAAACCCGCAAAGCCUCAGAGUCAAAGAGGCGUGGGAACCGAUGUUGGGAUGACCAGAGGACAACCACAGAUAUCCAGAGUAUUGAGCACUGGCAAUGGAGUUGGAGGGGUAGAAGAAAAUGCUGGAUGGCCAUCUUGGCUGACUGCUGUGGCAGGGGAAGCUAUCAAAGGAUGGGUACCUCGAAAGGCAGAGUCAUUUGAGAAGUUGGAGAAGAUUGGACAAGGGACUUACAGUAUUGUGUACAAAGCCCGAGAUCUAGAAACUGGCAAAAUUGUUGCGUUAAAGAAGGUGCGAUUUAUUAAAAUGGAUCCAGAAAGUGUUCGUUUUAUGGCAAGGGAAAUCCUUAUUCUGCGUAGGCUUGAUCACCCAAAUGUCAUGAAGCUAGACGGUCUGGUGCCUUCAAGGGUUUCUGGCAAUUUAUACCUUGUAUUUGAAUACAUGGAGCAUGAUUUAGCUGGACUCGCCGCAUCAACAACAAUGAAAUUUACGGAAUCACAGAUCAAAUGUUACGUGCAACAGCUAUUUCGUGGACUUGAAUACUGCCACAGUCGUGGGGUCAUGCACCGUGACAUUAAAGGCUCUAAUCUUUUGAUUGACGACAAGGGGAAUCUCAAGAUUGGUGAUUUUGGGCUGGCAACCUUUUUCCAUUCAAACCAAAAGCAACCUCUAACAAGUCGUGUAGUAACAUUGUGGUAUCGACCUCCUGAGCUUUUGCUUGGUGCUACAAAUUAUGGAGUUGCAGUCGAUUUGUGGAGUGCUGGUUGUGUUCUUGCAGAACUGUUUGCAGGGAAGCCAAUCAUGCGUGGAAGAACAGAGGUGGAACAACUACAUAAAAUUUUCAAACUUUGUGGUUCACCAUCUGAAGAGUACUGGAAAAAGUCGAAAUUGCCACAUGCGACUAUCUUUAAACCUCAGCAUCCUUACAAGCGUUGCGUUGCUGAGACAUUCAAGGAAUUUCCUUCUUCGGCAUUAACACUUUUGGAUGUCCUCCUUGCAUUUGAACCCGAGGGCCGGGGAUCAGCUUCUUCUGCGCUUCAAAGUGAGUUUUUCACAACGAAGCCUCUUCCCUGUGAUCCGUCAAGUUUGCCCAAGUAUCCACCUAGCAAAGAGCUUGAUGCCAAACUUCGAGAUGAGGAUGCAAGAAGGCAAAGAGCAGCUGCUGGUAAAGGACGUGAACUUGAAUCUUCUCGAAAGGGUUCCAGAGGAUUCAAAGCAGUGCCUGUGCCAGAAGCUAAUGCUGAGUUACAGGAGUCCAUACAGAAGCGAAAAGAGCAGUCAAACCCUAAAAGCAAUAGUGAGAAAUACAAUCCUGAAGAAGAUAGCGGUUCUGGCUUUCCUAUUGAACCUUCUGGUGGAACAUCAAAAAAUAGUUUCUCCAGUUCUUGCCAAUCAAUUAAACCUGGUGCACUUCAAUCUGCAGUAUAUAUGAAUGUGAAUGAAGAUGAGGCCUUGAUGGGUUCUCAACGAGCAUUUGGUUCUUUGGGGGUAGGAACAGAGUGGAGGCCACAAGGAUCAUUCAAACCUCAGGGAGCAGAAGGCCAAUUGUCCAAGCUUUCCAAUUCAGCAACAUUUCGAGGUAGUUCACGGUCAGGUCUUAGCAGAGAGACAAAUGCCUAUCCACACUGGCCAGAGGAGCCCCUGAAUGCCAGAUAUAACCAGCUGGAUGGUGCGGAAUCAUCUGAAAAUCAUGAAUGGUCCCAUCAUUUACUGGAUAGACCAAAUUCUUCUCAUAAGAAUGAUGAACGGACAUCUGGAAAGGAGUCUACAAUGGUUUAUGCUCCCAAGAAGAAUCAGAUCCACUACUCAGGACCAUUGUUUCCUCUGGGUGGAAACAUCGAGGAGAUGCUCAAAGAACACGAGAAACGGGUGCAGCAUGCUGUCCGUAAAGCCCGUCACGACAAGACCAAGACCAAGAAAAAGUACCGCGACAAUGGACAAACUGAAUCGCUACUGCACCGUGGAAUAAAUGGCCAAUGACAUUGGAGAGGAAUUUCUGUGUCGCCUUCACUCAGAUUUCAUCAGCAAUCCCUGGGUUUCACCGCAACGAAUGUCUAUGUUUUGUAUAUGAGUUAUGCUAUAGAGUUAUGUCCUUCAAAAGGCUUUAGGUGAUGGGAAAAAUUGAGUGUUUUAGAAGUGAAUCAUGGCCAUUCACUUGAUAAUUGUCUGGUGGUGGCCUUUUAGAUUGACACUGGCUUAAUUUGGUUGUUGAAUGGGGGAGGGGGUGACUUACUGGAUAUAUGCUUGUACAGAUUAAAAACUGGUGUAGUCAAAUCAAUUUUACCCCAUUCAAUUCAAAGGCUGAGCCAUUGUUGCAAAUUUGAGUGAACAAGACGUGAAACUCCUAGACUUUUGUAUUAAUAGUGUCAGGUUUAUAUUAUUUCAAUAUAGAUUCGAUAUUGAUAUUAAAUUUCACCUUUUUUGUAA